AUGUCAGAUUAUACUUCAUCAAAAGUCUAAACAUAAUUCUCAUAUUAAAACCAAUUAAUUGUCUUAAAGCUUAAAUUUAUUCUGAAAUGUGAUGAAAAUAUAUUGAUAAUUUACUCGCCUACUGUUUAAAUUAUAAAUAUACUUACUGGAAAAUAUGAAUCGGCAUUUUCGGGGGUUAGUUUAAAUAAUUUUUUCAAUGAUGCACAAAAUAUACCAAUAAUAAAUAUACAAAAGAAACUUAUAAUAUGCUAAGCUAAUACUCAAGUUAACUACUUUUAAAGAAAUGACUUUAGAGCAUAUAUUGAUUUUUUAGACAAUAGAUAAAAUAGUACAAAUAUUUACUAUGAUUUAUUAAAUAAUGCUUUAAUAAGAGUAACUGGAGUUAUUAAAAAAAUAACUAUUAUGACUAUUCCAGGCGAUCAAGUGUUAUUUACAUACUACACAACCAACUCAUUUUUAUAAGGAGCAACAUACUAUUUUGAGGACCAAACAAGUCUAAUUGUAAUUGAUACUACUCCUAUAAUUUACUUAUGUAACUAUGUAACAAGAAAUAUAACAACAUUUAACACAUAUGUUAAAGAUACUUAAGGUAUAUUAAUGUAUCAGGAUAAGAAUAUCCUUUUCUUUUAUUCAUAUUAAUUUAUUACUGCUUUAAAGUAUCCAGAAAUGUAACUUAUUGAGGUGUUUUCAUUACAAUAAUACAAUCAAACAAACAUCAUAGAUGUUAAAAUAAACUAGCUACUUUAAAUAUUAAUAGUUUAAACAACAACAGCUUUUAUUGCUUUUGAUCUUACAGAAGUGCUUCUUGUAUAGGAAAUUAGCUUAUUUUAGUAUUAGAAUGUUUAGAAUAUAUAUUUAAAUGAAGAAUAUUAAGUAUACUAUAGUAUUACCAAUCUCUCACUUAAUCUAUUCUAUAAAGCAAUACUUGUUGACUCUUUACUAUUUGAACCAUUCUAAUAUAAUAUUUAUCCAUACUUAACUGAGCCAAUUUUAAUAUCUGAAAACCAAUUCAUAUAUAUUACUUUUAAUUAUUUAAAUAUAAUUUAAGUAAAUUUCUUGAAAAAUACAUUAGAAUUAAUUUCUAAAAUUUAGUUAUAAAAUAUCCCUGAUAAUUUCUUUUAUGACUAAAAUUAGAAUUAAGUAUUUUUAUUAUACAAGUAAAGCUUUUAGUUAAAUAGUAUAAAUAUUAGAAUACUUAGUUCAGGAGAAGUGUUUUUAAAUAAUUUUUAAUAAGGUGAUAUAUAAAGUGCUUUUAUAUGCAGUUAAUACAUAAUUCUCCCUAGUCAUAACACUAUUUAAAUAUACAAUAUUAAAUCUAAUUAAACAUAAAGCAUUGAUUUACCAAAUGUAGGUAAAAUAAAAAUUGCUUUUAAACUAUAAUUAAAAUAAAUUAGUCAAUAAGCAAAUAAUUGGUGGAAAAUACCUUUUGAAGACAAUAAAAGAUUUAAUACCAAUGACUUGAUAAAUGAAGGAACAUUUGCAAAAAAUAUUUUUAUAUUACAAAAAUAAGAUUAUGGUAACACGAUAUUAAUUUUAGAUUUGGUUAGUGUUAAGUUCACUUUUUAAAAAAAUUUAAACAAUUGGAAUAUAAUGAAUAUUGCUAAUGAUCCUAUUAAAUAACUAAUUUAUAUAGUAAGCAAUGAAGCAACUACUUAUAUUUUUAGUUACACUUUAAAUUUUAUAACUUAUAUUACAAAUCCUUGUUUGAAACAAGCAAUUAUUUCUUUCGAUUAGAAUUUUGUUUAUUCUAUCUGUCCAUUUGAUAUUAUUAUUUACAAUGGAAUAAGCUUUGAACAAUAAUUUCCUACAAUAAAUAAAGGGAUCACAGAAGCAAAUAAUUUGAUUAAUAUGAAUUAUAAUAACUUAAUUAUGGUAAUUUAAAAAAAUAAAUUAUCAAUAAUAUAGCUGAAAUAUAAUGAUACUUAUUCAACUAUUUAUGAGUAUGAAUAAUCAAACUUCAUUGUUUAAAGCUAUAAGCUUAUCUAAGAUAAUAACAAUCAAAAUUAUGCAUAUAUAUUAAUUUCAAACUAUUAGAAUAUAUCUUUAAUAUAGUUACCACUUUCUACAAAUAAAUUAUGCUCUGUAUACAUACAAUAACAGAAUAGAAUAUCUGAAAAUAUUUAUACCUAAGAAAUACUUGGCUAGACAACUAAAUCCAUCUAAUAAAUUAACUAAAUACUUUCUUUGAUAGAAAUAUAAUAUUUAGAUGGAUAAUCUAUCGAAUAAACAAAUUUUGAAGUUCAAGACUAAAACAUAGAUUAAACUCACAAACUGAGCUUAAGAUUAUUUUCUAAAUAUGAAAAUAAAAUUCUAUGGCAAAAUGAUAUUAAAUUAUCUUCAAUAGUGUCGAAUUUAUUUUUAAAAUAAAUGACUCUAUCAAUAACAACUCAAAUAAAUUUAAAUUUAAAUAAUACAAUUGAAAAUUUUUAAAUGUUGAAUGUUUCUUUAAAUUUAAAUGAAUCACUCUAUUUAAAUAAUUUUAAAAAGGUUUACUUAUAACAGUUAGUAAUAAAAAUAGAAAGUCUUAGCUAGAUUUAAAUUUCUAAUUGUGAGUUAGUUGUGAUAGACUAAUUGUUUUUAAAAGACAUAUAAUAACACGAAUAGUUUAUAUUUGUUUUCACUAAUAAUACUAGUGUUUUGAUUAAUUAGGUUUAUCUUUCUGAUUUAACUUAGAGUAAUAUUUUUUAGAUUAGUUAAAGCGAAUCUGUGAAUAUAUCAAAUGUUACUCUAUCAAAUUGCUCUGAUUUAAAUAAUGCCUUUGAAUUGUGGUAAAUAAAUAAUCUUAAAAUUGUGAAUACUUCAAUAAUUUAAAGUUCUUUUUCAAAUAUUUAUUUUAUACAAAGCACAAAAAUAUCAACUUUUUAAAAAAUUUAACUAAUAAAUUCAACCUAAAGUGUAAUUGUUUAAGUAAAAGAAUAAGAUAUUGGUACCAUUUAAUAUUUGAGUGAUUAGGCUAUAUUAACUGAUUUAGAGAUAACUAACUGUGUAGAUACCAUUUUUUCUUUUAAAACUAACAUUUUUGAACUUUCUAAUUUAAAAAUUGAUCUUCUCUAAAUUUCAUAAAGUAUUUUGAUUAUUCAAGCUAAUUAAGUAAAUAUUGCUAAUUUAAAUAUUACAAAUACAGAAUAUUUACCUUCAAGAUUAGAUGGUAUUUUAAUUAGUAUAAUAGGCUUUACUGACUUUUAGAUAAAUAAUAUUAAUUCAAGUAGAAAUUAAAUAUCAUUGAUUUCUUUAAACUAAUAAAAUAAUGAGGGAAAUGCUCUUAUUUCUUAAGCAGAAUUCAUAAAUUCUUCUAUUCUUGGUAAUAAACCCUUAAUACUUUUAAACAACCUGUCAAAUGUUAAGUUAUAAAAUAUAUUAAUAGAAGGCGUAAUUAAUACAAAUAGCUCCCUAAUUUCUAUAGUUGUUAUAUAAAAUUGUGAUAUAGUUACAAUUUACAACAGUAAUUUUACAAAGAAUACAAACAUUAAAGGCCCAGGAGGAGUAAUAUAUGCUCUUGAAAAUAAAUUAGUUACAAUAUUAAAUUCAAACUUUAGGCUUAAUACUUGUAAAUUGCAAAAUGGAGGAGCUAUUUAUAUGAUAAAUAUUAUUCAAUUAGGGGUUUUGUAGAUAAAUUUAACUUAAUUUAUAGAAAAUAAAUCAGAUUAUUCUUCUGGUGGCUCAAUUUUUCUCUAAAAUAAUAAUUUAAUCAUGCAAAAUUCUAUUAUCAGGUUAAAUCAAGCUCAAAUUGGUGGAGGAAUUUACUAUGUUUAGAUAAUACCAGAUUUUUUAAUCGAUUUUUAAUUAGGCAGAAAUAACAAUAAUACUUUUAAAGAUAAUAUAGCAUAGAUUUAUGGAUAAAAUUUUGGUUCAACAUUAAGGAAAAUAUUUUUAAAUUUAGAAAAAAUAAGCAUUCCUAAAACAAGUUUAAAAUCAUAAUAAAAUGAAACGAUAUUUAUAAAAUAAUUUAAAAGUGGAGAAUAAAUAAAUUUUGAACAAAUCUAAUUACUUGAUGAAGAAGGCAAUCCUAUGAAAUUUAUAGAUGCUAACUCUACUUAAUUUUACCUAUUAAGCAACGAGGUUUAAUCUUUAGUUCAAUAAAUAAGUAUCUCUGUAUCAUGGGAUUAGUAAAAUAAAGAAAUACAAUGUAUUGGAUAACUUCAAACAAAAUAAUUUUCAGAUGGAGGUUUUAAAUUAGAUGUUCAGGUUUUUUACAAACCUAUUUCUAAUAUGUCACUUAAAAUAAUUAGCAAUUCUUUUCCCUAAAUCAAAGACUCAAAAGGAAAUAUAAUAUAAAGUGCAGGUCAAUUAUAAUAAAUUUUGAAUAUAACAUUAGAAUAGUGUUAAUUAGGAUAAAUACUUUAAAAUUAUGGUAACUCAAUAGCAUGUGAAACUUGUCCUGAUGGUAAAUAUUCAUUAAAUUUAAAUGACCAAGAGUGUAAAUAGUGUCCCGAAUAAGCUAAAAACUGUUCAGGCACGAAUAUUUAGCUAAAAAGUGGUUAUUGGAGAGAAAAUGAAAGAACUGACAAUAUUGUUUAUUGUAAUUUUAAUCCUUUAUCUUGUCAACCAUAGCUCCCAACUUCAAAAUUUAACUGUAUUGAAGGUUAUAAAGGUCCACUAUGUAGUAGUUGUGAUACGUAUGGCAAUAUUUGGGGAUCCAGUUAUUCUACAUUAUUUAAGUCUUUUUAGUGCUAAAAAUGUUAAGAAAGCUUUUAUUCGAUAAUAUUUUUCAAUUUAUCUAUUAUUUUACUUACAUCUUUUUAUAUUUUGAUCCUUUUGAAAAGAAUUAUAGCACAAAUGGAAUUUAAACUAACAGGAUAUUUUUUUAAUAAAUUAGAUAUCAUUUAUUUAGGAACUACUUUAAAUUAAUCAGAUAGAUCAUAAGUAAUAUCUAAAAUUUUAACAGAUCAUUUACAUAUACUUUCUUAAUUAUGUAUAUUUACUUCUAAUAUGCCUAAUUUCUUUACUUUUCCUGUAAGCAUCUCAGGAAACUCUGCUAUUAUUACUAGUAAAUCUAUUGAUUGCCUUUUUUCAAAAUAUCCUUAAUUAUAGCCUUUAUGGUUAUUUUAAUCUCUUUGGUCCUUAUCUUUACCGAUCACAGUAUUUUUUAUAUAUCUUAUAAUUGGAAUAAUAUUAGAUUAAUAAAACGUUAAAAUUUUUAUCAAAUAUCUUCGAACAGCAUCUAUUUUUAUUUACUUUUAUUUUUACCCCAUGAUAAUUACUAUGGCUUUUAGAUCACUAAACUGUAUUUCUAUAGGAGGUAAAGAAUAUCUUGAUCUAGAUAUGAAUAUCUAGUGCUACGAUAGCAAGAUGCAUAGGCCUUAAAUAUUAUAUUUUAGUGUUCCUGUAAUAAUGGCUUGGGCACUAAUAAUUCCUAUUAUUCUAUUUUAUAAGAUUUACCAAACAAAAUACAAAUAAAACUCUAUAUUCCAACAAAUGAAAUACUCUAUAUUCUAUGCUGGAUACAAAGAAAAGUACUAUUAUUGGGAGUUUUAAAAAUUACUUUAUAAAACUUGUUUGAUUUCAAUGUCGGUUUUGUUGAAGCAAAAUACUUCUUUUCAAGUAGGCAUUAUAAAUAUAAUUUUAUUAUUAGAAUUUUACUUUAUAGUUAGAUAUAAACCUUUUAUAAGAGAAUACUUUAAUUAAUUGCAGUAGAAAUCUACAUUGAUAUGUGCUCUUUCUUUAAAUUUAUCUUUUUUAUAAGUUGCAGCAGACUAAGUGAACCCUUUUUGGAUAAUACUAUUAGUUAAAAAUAAUUUAUCUUUAGUGGAAUUAGCAUCCUCUUAACAAAAAUCUAAAAAAAGUAAACUAACUGCGACCUAAUUAUUUUCAAAAGAUAGAAGAAUUUCUUGUAAGUUCUCAGGAAAAUAAUUUUAAUCUUAAGAAAAUUCUAUUCAAUAAAAAAGAUUGUCUCAUUUCAAAAAAUAAGAACCAUGCUAAUAAACAAAUAAAGAGAUAUUUUCUUCAAAUAAGAGAAGCUUUAUAAAUCAUGAUAUUUAAUCUAAAUAACGUCUAUAAUAAAAUGAAUCUCCUCUUAAAACAACUAAAACAAAUUAAACGAUUCAAAAAAGGAAAAAUUCAUCAAAUAAUUAUUUUGUAAGCAAUAUAAAUUCAUCAAAUUAUAUUUUAGACCCAAACAAAGCUUUUUAAAACAGUAAUAUAUCACACUCAACAAGCCCUUAAUGGAAAUUUUCUCCUAACUUGAGUAGCAUUGUAGUUAACUACUUUAAAGAUGACUUUAUUUUAGGAAGCUAAAGCAAUAUUUAUGAUAAAAAUAAAUCAUCUAAUGAAAAAAAUUGA